GUACUAUGUAAGAUACCUAAAUAUGCGCAAGGUACCUUCCAUUGGCUACUCAACAAGAAGCAAGUUUAGGCGUUCCCAUCUAUACGACUUAUACUACGUCGAAACUGAAUCAUAUCAACAGAAGCGGUGACGCUAUCGAUCGCCGGUCUUUUUGUUUCUUCGUUUUCGCCUUAUAUAUAGCAUGUUAUCUUCGCUAAACCUUACAGUGGUAAACGGUUCUUUACUAUUACUCUCUUAGUAACUUAUGAGGGGAUCGAUAAAGCUACUAUUUCCACCCCAACAAAUCAAGCACGACCAAGGUCCAGGAUUUGCCCAUGGCUGCCGCCUCGUCUAAGACUCCUCUCGUGCCUGGGCACGUUGAGGAGAAACAAGCCGCCCUCUUUUCUGACCUCCCGCCGUACUCAGACCCUACCACGGGAUUCGUGUCACGGCUUCCACGGCCAUGGAUCCCCUAUGCUCAGCUUAUGCGUCUGGAACGACCCGCAGGCCUGUACGCUUUCUACUUCCCCUACCUAAUCGGACUCGUGUACGCUGCUUGUAUUGCCCCUGCAGCUCCUGAGCCUCUUGUCGUACUACAACUGGCGGCGAUAUUCUUGCCCAUGAAUAUCCUCCUUCGUGGCGCUGCUUGCUGUUGGAACGACACCGUCGAUCAGGACUUCGAUAGACAAGUAGAGCGCUGUCGCCACCGGCCCGUGGCGCGCGGUGCCGUCUCGACUACCUCGGCGCACAUCUUCACUCUGGCGCUGCUGGCAGCUAUCUACCCCAUCUUGACCCUGUUCCCGUCGGGGUGUAAGUUGCACAUGGCAAUCAGCAUGGUUCUGUUCUUCGUCUACGCACUCAUGAAGCGCGUGACGUACUAUCCCCAGGUCUUCCUCGGCUUUCCCUUCGCCUGGGCUAUUUUCUUCUGCGCCGCCGCACUAGACGUAGACCCGUUCGGCGCAUACGCCGCCCCGACUUCCGCUCUUUUCGGCGCCAACGUCUUGUGGACUAUCAUUUACGACACCAUCUACGCGCACCAGGACGUCAAAGACGACGAGAAGGCUGGUGUCAAGAGCAUGGCCUUGCGCUUUAGAAACAACACUAAAUUCCUAGCAAGCAGUUUAGCUGUGGUCAUGGUCGUUUUACUCACGCUAUGCGGCGUGUGGACGGGUAGCGGCACGCUCUACUACGUUGGUACCGUGGGGGGGGUUGCCGCAGCCAUGUCGUGGUAUAUCUACAGCGUAGAUCUGGGAGAUCCGCGGAGCUGUGGAACUUGGUUCCAUGAUCAGUUCUGGAUCGUCGGUGGCGCUCUGAUGGCUGGAUUUACUGCCGAGUAUUUGUGCCGUGCAGCGAAUAAUAUGACCCGACGUUAUUAGUUGCGGGAAGGAAUAUAAGGGGUAUGUAGGAUGGGCUGGAAUAAACAUAGUAAGACAUAUGACGGUGGCUCUGGUAACGUGAAUAGGAAUCACGAAUAGGCUCCUAUAUGAAUAAUGACUCAGCCUUUAUUGUCUUUAUGUUUCAUUUGUUCUACUGUACCGCUUCAUCCAGUAGCGUAUGAGAUUUACCUACCGUGGUGCUAGCUAAGGAGGCACCUAGCAAAGC